AUGUUAAAUUAUUUCAGGUUUAUUAAUUUGUAUCAAAAAUGGGGUCAUGGCGGAUUUGGUGUGGUGCUGACUGGAAAUAUACAGGUGGACCAGAGACACAUUGAAUUUGCCGGAAACACAAUCGUGGAUAAGGCGCUGGAUUGUGAUGAGCGCCGCAAUGCUCUGCGAAGAGUGGCGCUGUCUGCGAAACUUGACGGAGCGCUUGUAUUUGCGCAAAUCAGUCACGCUGGCCGUCAGACGCCUCUUUUCAUUAACGAGCAUCCAUAUUCGGCCUCAGACGUGCAGCUACAUUUCAUUCGAUCGGGAACCGGCUUCGGAAAGCCUGUGCCACUAACAGUGGACCAAAUUAAGGAGGUGGUUGCACGAUUCGCGUACGCUGCAAAAUAUUGCGCAGAUGCAGGUUUUGAUGGUAUCGAGCUACACUGUGCACACGGCUAUCUUCUGUCACAAUUUUUAACACCGACAACAAAUAAGCGCACCGAUCAGUAUGGUGGUUCUCUAGAAAACCGCACGCGAAUUGUGUGCGAAAUUUACAAGGAAAUUCGAAAUGUUGUCCCAAAAGACUUUGUAAUCGGUGCAAAAGUGAACUCUGUGGAAUUCCAGAAAGACGGUCUAAAUACCGAAGAAGCAACAGAAGUCUGUAAAAUAUUGGAAAAUGUUGGAUUUGAUUUCAUCGAGCUUUCGGGAGGCACCUACGAGCACUUGGCAUUCCAACACGAAAGGGAAUCGACACGAAAGCGUGAAGCAUUCUUUCUGGAAUUCGCAGACAGAAUCACAAAACAAAUUAAAAAAAGCAUAAUUUAUGUCACUGGCGGAUUUCGCACCGCCAAAGGAAUGUGUGAAGCGGUUCAGAGCGGAGCUACCCAGGGGAUUGGUCUCGGGCGACCGGCUGCCCAGGAGCCGGAUUUGCCAAAGAAAAUACUCUCCGGAAAUUCAAAAGGAGCAAUAAAAAGUCUUUUGAACCAAGACGAUUUUUUUCUAACGCUGCAAGCUUGUAACACGCAAAUGGCUCAAGCUGGGAAAAAGCCAUACACAAGCGAUGCGGAAAUUUGCGGUGAUAUCAUGGAUUUGAGUGACCAGGCUGUGGUUGAUGAGUUCCUGGCUGCGCUAAAGAAAUUUCUGAAGGAAGCCGAGGAGCGGACGAAGAAUGGCGAAGUAGUCUAUGGAGUAGUUGAAUUCAGGACCUAG